CUAAUUUUGACGCGGUAGUCGGUCUAUAUAUACUCUAAUCUUCGCCAACAACAACGUCACAACAAUUUCUCAACUCUCUCUUCCAUAUCUCAGAUAAACAAUAUGAAGCAAAAGAUAGUGAUCAGUGUGUCCAUGGAUGGACAGAAGUCUCGCUCCCAAUGGUACCAAUCUCUAAUGUCUGCAGCUGGGUUUUCCGGGCAGAAUCCCCGGUCCAAAGCCCUGCAAAUCGCUGUUGGUUUACAAGGUGUGGACCAGGCAGCUUUAGGAGGAAAAGAGAAAGACCAGAUAGAGGUGACCGGGGAAGGGAUCGACGCAGUUGAGCUAACAGAUUUGCUGAGGAAGAAAGUCGGAUUUGCAAAUCUCGUCAGUGUAACUCCUGUUGAGGCGAAGAAAGAAGAGAAGAAAGAGGAACCGAAAGUGGCGCCUCUGGUUUGGUCAUAUGGGGUGCCUCAGUACCAAAUCUAUGAAGUAAAAGGCAACGGCUCCCAAUACUAUAAUCCAUAUGCUUGGUCAAUCUGAUAAUCUUACAAAUACAUAUUUGAAUCAGUAAUCAGAGAGAUAAGGAUUGUUCAUUGAUGGGUAAUGGGUUGAUGGAAAUUUUGUGGAGAAUCAAGACUAGAAUAUGCAGAGCAUAUAUUCUCAAAUCCUUGCAAAAUCUGGCCUUAAAUUUUGAUAAAAUUCUCCAUUGUAUUGUAUCAAUAAGAGCUGCUGUGAUUUUGCAAAAAAACUGCAAAUAUGUCCCUUUGCACCCAUUUUACAUAAUUCAUCAGAUUUAUUACUGCAA